GUUCAUUUGAACUUGUUCUGAACGAAAUAAUAACAGCUGAGUUGGUAAAACAGAAAACCCACACAGAAUUUGCGAAAAUAUUUAGUUGUAUAUUACUAAAAUAUAAUGGAAAUUCCGGACACGUACUACAGCAAAGAUGAAUACGUUGAAACGGCCUCUGGCAACAAAGUGAGUCGCCACACGGUGCUCUGUGGCUCCCAGAACAUAGUGCUCAAUGGCAAGGUGAUUGUGCAGAGUGGCGCCAUUAUCCGUGGAGAUCUGGCGAAUGUUCGCACCGGCCGAUAUUGUGUGAUUAGCAAAAACUCAGUGAUCCGACCACCUUACAAGCAAUUCAGCAAGGGAAUCGCUUUCUUUCCCAUGCACAUAGGAGAUCAUGUCUUUAUUGGCGAGGGUGCUGUGGUAUCCGCCGCGAUUAUUGGCUCCUUUGUAUACAUUGGCAAAAAUGCCAUCAUUGGCCGUCGUUGCACGCUCAAUUGCUGUGUGAUUGAGGAUGGAGCUGUGCUGCCGCCAGAGACGACAGUUUCCAGCUACAUGCGCUACACGGCCAAGUGCACCAUUGAGGGCGGUCAGGGUAAUCCGUAUUUUGUGCCCGCCGCCAUGCAGGAUGAGAUGGCGAAUUAUACAAAGUCAUUCUAUGAGCAUUUUGUGCGCACUCCGGCGCCGGCCAGCUGAAGAACGCGUUCCGUUCAAUAACAUACGCAUAUAAA